GACUCCAGAGAGUCAGCAGCAGAGGCUGAGCCGGCUCAGAGAGCGAGUCUGUACCAGGAGGAUUCCAAGUGUACCGCAGCUCCCACUGUCUGAGCCUCUCCAGCACUGUCACAGCCGCCUGCCUGCACCAUUCAGAGCUCCCCUGUGCAGACACUACAGAAUAAAAGCUCAACAUGGAUUUGUACGAUCCUCAGACUUUAGGAGUAAUGGUGUUUGGUGGCUUUAUGGUUAUAUCAGCCAUUGGAAUUUUCCUGGUGUCUACAUUUUCAAUGAAGGAGACAUCGUAUGAAGAAGCUUUGGCCAAGCAACGCAGAGAACAAGAGAAGGGCCAACAACCCAAAGUGGACAAGAAAAAGAGCAAAGUCAUCGAGAAGAAGGGAAAACCCAAAAAGAAGGACGAGAAACCAAAUGGUAAACUCCACGAAUACGAACAUUCUCAGGACAGCGACGAGCAGCAAAAAAAUGACCCUGAACCUGUGGUAGUGGUAUCAACUAAGGUGCCAGUGCGUCAAGUGCCUGUUACUGCCGCUGUGACUCCCGCCCCAGAAAAAGCACCCUCUCCUAAAGGUAAAAAGAAGACUGAAGUUCCAGUUAUACCUACUACGAUUCCGGCUGUAGAAAAAGUAGCUCCUCCUUCAAAAGACAAGAAGAAGAAUGAAGUGCCUGUGACAAAGGCUGCGACUCAAGCUCCUGAAAAAUCUGUGCCUUCUACUAAAGACAAAAAGAAGAACGAAGCACCUGCCGCGUCUGUUGUGGCUCCAGCUGUUGGGAAGGCCAUACCUUCUACCAAGGACAAAAAGAAGAACGAAGUGCCUGUUACACCUGCUGUUGCCCCAGCUCCAGAAAAGGCCGCACCUUCUCCUAAAGACAAAAAAAAGAAUGAAGUGCUUGUUACACCUGCUGUUGCCACAGUUCCAGAAAAAACAGCGCCUUCUCCUAAAGACAAAAAGAAAAAGCAGGAGAAGAAAGUGCAGAAGGUGGAACCAUCUCCAAGCCCAGCAGUGGCUCUAGCCCAGGCUACUGUUCCUAAGCAAGCUGCAGUUUUCGAGACCGUAACCAAGGAAGUGCCUGUGGUUGCUGUUCCCCCUGUGGGAUCGAGGCCAAGCCCACCAGUCACCAACUCGUUGCCUCCUAAAAAAGCUGAAACUGUUGUAAACCAUGAAGAAGCACCGAAGAAGAAGAAUGCAUCUAAGAAAAAAUCUGAAGCAGUAAUUAAUGAAUUGGAUGGAGCGAUCUACCUUCCCUACAAGACCCUGGUUUCUACUAUAAGCAGCAUGGCGUUCAGUGAAGGUGAAGCUCAAAAGCUCAUCGAGAUUCUGACAGAGAAGAAUGGCACCAAGCAGGGUACCUGGCACACGGCUACUCAAAAAGGAGACCCAGUUACAGCUCUGAAAAAGCAGUUGGAGGAGAAAGAAAAGCAAUUAUCAGCUGAGCAAGAAGAUGCCGUGGCUGCUAAAAAUAGGCUACGGGAGCUGAACAAGGAAUUGGCGACUGAGAAGACCAAAUUAACUGGUGUGGAAUCCAAACUCAAGGAGCAAAUUGUAUCACGGGACCAGGAGAUUGUUGCUCUGCAAGCCCGCAUGCAGGCCAGUUACACGGAACACGUGAAGGAAGCUCAACAGCUGCAAGGAAAGAUUCGGAACCUUCAAGAAGAAAUAGAGAAUGGACCCAAAGCACAGCUUGCUCGUCUGCAGCAGGAGAAUUCUAUCCUGAGGGAUGCUCUAAACCAAGCCACUAGCCAAACCGAGAGCAAACAAAACGCAGAGUUGGCCAAACUCCGUCAGGAAUGCAGCAAAUUGACUAAGGAACUUGGCGAAAAGUCUGACUCUCUGCAGCAAGAGGAACAACGCAGGAAGACAUUGGAUGUUAAAAUAGCCGGCUAUGAGAAGCAAGUCUCCCAGUUACAGACGUUACAGCAGGAGACUGAAGCCACUUUGCAGAAGCGAUUGGAUGAAGUGAAUGAGGAAUUGCGCAAGUCGCAGAGCAGUUAUAAAAGCUUACUGUCAGAUUCUGAUAAUGCCAAAGAACAACAGAAAUCUAUGGCAGAUCUUCAGACUAAAUUGAUGUCAUAUGAAUCUGAAAGCAAGCAGAAGACUGAUGAGUUAGACAGGCUAAACCAAAAACUUCAGGAUGUUACAAGUGAAAAUGUCCAACUGAAUGAAAGGAUAAAAUCUAUUGAAUCUCUGCUGGAAGCUGGACAGAGCAAAGAUACAGAAACAGACCAGCAACAACAAGAAAGUAAAGCUGCUGAAAUUGAACAGCUGCAAGCCAGGCUUCAAAAAAGUGAAGAACAGAUUUCUACAUUCGAAAAGGAAAUUGUGGAAUUAAAGGACACAAUUGAACAGCAGAAAAAUAAAAACAAUGAUCUGCGAGAGAAGAAUUGGCAAGCGAUGGAUGCACUGGGCAAGUCUGAGAAAACGUGGGAAGAAAAAUGGAACUCUGAGAAGACAAUAAAGGAAAGUAUAGAACAACAGCUGAAUGAAAUUCAAACAGAGACAAAGGAAACAUUAAGAUCCUUAUUUCCCCAGGUUACUGUAGAAUCACAGCAGUCAUACGGUGAAUGGUUACAGGAGUUCAGGGAAAAGUCAUCGGGCGUUCUGAGCCAACAAUCUGAAAAUACAGCUUCAUCUGAAUUAUUGCUGAAACUAAAAGAGACAGAAGAAGCACACAAUACAGUACAAGCAGAAUGCGAGCAGUACAGAACCAUUCUCGCUGAGACGGAAGGGAUGCUCAAAGACCUUCAGAAGAGUGUGGAACAAGAAGAACAGGUGUGGAAAGUGAAGCUUACAGAGUCUGAAGAGGAGCUCCAGAAGUCCCAAAUCCAGGUGAAAUCUCUAGAAGACUUAGUGGAAAAACUGAAGUUAGAUGUUCAAAGCACAGAUCAGUUAAAAGAAUGCAUCUCCCUCAUGGAGGCACAGCUGGAAACUCAGAUGAACUCUGCAAGCACAGAAUGUCAGAACUACUCAAAGGAAGUAGAGAUUCUGCGACAGCUCUUAUCAGAUUCCCAAGAGCACUUGGAAUCCACAACAGUAGAAGCAAGGAAGCAAAGCAAAGAAUUAUCACUGCUCAGGCAGCAGCUCCAUGAGAUGCAAAGUCAUGUGCAUGACAGGGAAACCCAUGCAGUAGAGGAACAUCAAAUUAAACAAGAGGCUCGGUUGGAAACGCCGCAGUCCAACCCUGAAGUGCCAACCGAAGAGCAGAAUAUUUCAAAUGACUUAGAAGAGAAAUCGGUGUUCAGUUUGCAGGAAGAGCUGAAGAAGCUAAAAUUUGAAGGUGAUAGCGCUACAGGGACAGAAGAAGCACAUGAACUUAAGGAAAGGCUUGACAAGGAAAAAAAACUAACACGGGACUUAGGUCAAGCAGCUACCAAACUUCUACGUCUUUUGAAGGCCUCUCAGGAACAACUAGCUAAGGAAAAAGAGUGUAAUAAACUUCUGAAAGACCAGCUUCAAGAGACGGAAGAAGAUAAGGAUGAAAAUAGCGGAACAUCAGUUUGAUAUCAAGAAAAAGUGAUCUCUACCAAAAUGCCUUAAACAUCCCUUUCUUGAGAUUAAAAUAGUAACAAUAUUGUUAUAGUGAGCCAAAAAUACUUCUGAAGUACAAAUAAGAAGUCAAAUUAUAUAAUUUUUUUGCUAAUUUGAAAAAAGUACAUUCCAUUAAAAAAAAAAAAAAAACACUGACUGUGUCAGUAAGCCAAUUUACAUAUUCAUCUUCCGAAUAGCAGACAACAUAUGGAUGCUUUGUAAAAGGGAAAAAACCUGUGUGCUCUGUACAGGAAUCUGCACAUUUUUUUUUAGGAAUUUCAUGAGGUGAGCGUUCUAAGAAUGUAAACCAGCAGGGAAUAGGAGAUUGAUGCCCUAUGUAUUGUAACUGGUCUCCAGUAUAAAAACAAACAAACAUGUGAAUUGUUGGUUGUCUAAAUGCCAAUAAAACAUUGCUGUAGCCAAAAA